UCGACACACAGACACACACCGUGUUGGCUUAUGUAUAACGUACACCACGGUGUGGUGUAGGCAUCUUUUAUACAUAUAUACGUUGUUGUAUUUUGUCGCGCGUUCUCCAAAAGGAAGACGAUCGCGUUGCUGCUCUCGGUCCGUUGGUUGCGCGGCCGCGCGCUUAUGCACUUUAUACAUUGCUCGGGGAUGUUUGCGUUGUAAGCAACAAAAAAAGUUUAAGAAAUCAUAUAUUCUCGCGAGAUUCGUUGGUUCGUUCAUUUGUUUAUAUUUUACCUCGGGUUUUCGGUGUCUAGUCUGCUGCAUUUGGAGCAAUUGCAACACUGUACACCUAUAUAAGAUUAUAAUCCAACAAGUGAGUACCAGCUAGUGCAGUGUUGAGGCCUCUCCGUGUGCUACGCGUGCAACCAGUGUAUGUGGAAAUCAUCGUGCUAGUCCUGUUUGUGCGCGGGUGUGUAUAAUUGUGCAAGUGUGUGAAAGUGCAUCGAGCAUCGUCCUCACGAGUUAUGACAAAAAGUUGUCAGGCAAAAUAAUCAUUUGCUCUUUGGCACUUGGUGUUGAAAAGAUGCGAGAAAUGCUUUUCGAUGGUGUUGUUGACGUCUCCGCGGGCGUCGGCGCAACGACGACGACGUCGGUGACAGUGCAGAAGCAACGAAGGAGCAACUAGUCUCGAUCGGAUCGUGACAACCGCGACAAAGCGCGACAAAUCAAAUAUCCAACGAAAUCAAAAGGAUAACAGCAGCAUCGCUCGUGUUUUUGAAAGAGCAAAGGAGUCUACAUAAUCGAAAUAGGUGCACACGACUCGAGGCGCAUCGUACACGCUCACGCAUACGUAUUUACAAGCAGUAAACCAAAGAAAUCGUGAUGCACCCGCACAAGAAGAAUGAGAUAAGCGAGCGAUCGUUUACCAGCGAUGCCUAGCACUAGGCCGCACCACUUCGGCAGCCAAGGAAGGGUGAUCUCGAGACUACGUCCGCAGCGAAGGCCUCCCUAAUCGACUCGCGAAGCAGAUAGAUACUUAUGUUUAAUUUAAUCAACGGCAUCGGCGUACGAUAAGCUUCGUUCUCUCAAUACAAAUUCAGACCAAAGCAAGUCAUGUUCGACGACGAGAGUGGCUCAAGAAGCGACCACCUCACCACUAGUAGUAAUAGUCAGAGUAAUCUUAUUAGCAAAUAGUCGAUCCGCAUGGGAGGAAUCACGUGGGUCGAUCUCCAUACACAGAUUCCGCGGAUCUACGCUAAUUCCUUGUCGAGGCUAUAGCUCUAUAUUAUGCUGAAGCACAUACUGACGGGUCAACCGUCGUCGAGCGCCGCCGCCUCAAGGCUGCACCAUCACCACCACCAUCAUCACCAGUUGGCCCACAGUCACAAUGAUUACGGCAACGGGGCCGGCGGCGGUCCCAACGGAGGAGGAGCUCAGGCGGCGGCGUCCCUGCAACGGGACAUCUAUCACUCCCAUCAACAGCAGCAACAGCAUCAUCAACAGCAGCAGCAGCAGCAACAGCACUCGCACGGGGCCCCGGGAAUGGCAUUGCGCUCGUCGAUCCGAGCCCAGAGCAGCGUUGACUGCUACGACGGCCCGACGCAGGGACCCAAUGGUCAUCGCUUGCCGCCCCAUCACUACAACAGGCAUCACCCCCUCAAUCACUCGCAGCUGAGCGUGAACAAUCUCGCGCAGAGGCUGGCCAACUCGAGCCAUCACGGCAAUCUGAACCUGUCGAUGCUGUCGGCGUCCAAGCACUCGGUCAACAGCGCCAGUCCCGUGGUGAAUCUCUCGGGUGGAGCGGCGCGCGGACCGAACCUGACCCUGCAGCACGCCCAGCAGCUGCAUCAUCAGCAGACCCUCAACGGCGCCAAGGCCAACGGCGGCCUCGACAUUUCCCGGCUCUCGCAGCCAUCGGUGCACCAUCAGCAGCAGCAGCAGCAUCAGCACCACCAGAACCAGCAACAAACGCAGACGGCGACGCAGCAGCAGUCGGGCUCGAGUCAGCCGAGCGCCACGACCUCGGCGGCCUCCUCGGGCCCGAGCAUACUGCCGCUCAACGUCUCCUGGUCGUCCUCGUCGCUGUCCCACGUCAAGCACAAGCCGAGCGUCCAGGCCGGCGUCAAGGAGACCAUGACGAGUCUCGGCCUCAUGUGCCUCGUCUCGCUGCUCCUGGCCAUGCUCAGCCUGAGCUUUCUCAUACGCAUGUCCGGGGUCACUUUCGUGCCCAACAGUCUCAUAUCGCCCGAGGAGUUUCACGUCGUCUACGACGUCACGAUCGUCCUGUGCGCGCUGGCGCUGCUGCUCAAUCUCUGCUGUCUGCUCAUUUGCGCCAUUCAGUUCCUCUUCGCCGUUAAGCUCGUCAAGCCGUCGUAUUUAGCGAAUCGGCCUAACAAGUACCUGGAGAAAUCUUCGAUCAGUCGGACGUGUGCGGUCAGUGGCUUUUUCAUAAGCAUUCCAGUCUUUUUAACAGGUAUGAUUCUUUACACGUUCAUACAGUUUCAAUCGACACCGGCGAUCGUUACUUCGACACUCAUCGGUGCCGCCAUCAUAUUCAGUGGCUGCGCCCUGGUACACACCGUUUUCGUUUGGCAAAAAGAAAAGACGAAUGCAAUGAAGGCGAUGCGUCGAGAACAGUACGAGGCAGCAGCUCAGCUUCAGCGUCAACAGACGUUGCAAAGUCAGCAGCAGCAGCAACAACAGCAACAACAGCAGCAUCAGCAACAGCAACAGCAGCAGCAUCACCAGCAAACGCAGCAGCAACAGCGUCCGCAAACGAUACAGCAGCAGCCGAGAUCGUUGACCGCGACGUACAACGGCGGAAACGGCGGCAAUGGAGCGUCCACGCGAAACCUGAACGACUCGCACUUGGUCUCGGGCAGUGUGCUGAACGGCAGCCGCUUGACCGGACACCGACACGUGUCCAUGUCGCCGCCGCCGCUGCUCAUAUCGACGCCCGGGCCCAACGGCCACCAGCUGCAUCCGGUCCCGCUGAACUCGUCGAUGAGGGGUGGUCCCGGCGGCAGGGUGAGCUCGCCGCCCGCGAGCCCGGGCGACCGGUCGCCCACUAGUCCAGCGCAACACAACAGAUCGCGCGACGCGAUCACGGGCAGCGUGAGUCCGCGGCUGCCGCAAGCCACCAUCGAUCUCAGCGACGUUGCCAACAAUCCCGGCAGCCCGCACGAACUGUCGACCCUCGUUUAGCAAUCCUAAAUAAAUAAAUAAUAUAUUAUAUGCAUAUUUGAGUAUAAAUAUAAACGAAUCUCAUUAUCGAAAAGAAGAAAAAAUUUCGUACCCAAUUGCACCGACAAUCUCUAUUAAGCUUUUAUCAUGUUUUAUCGCGCAAAAGCUUUGCGAGCAAGCGAGCGAUGAUGAUGAAGCGUAUAUUAUUAUAUAUAUUUAAAAUGUGAAGUGAUUGAGUGUCCGAAAAAGAAUGAUUUAAUAUGUACAUUAUUAUGUGACCCGCGUUGUUGUUCCGAAGAUUAUUUAUUAGUAACGUAAGAUUCUUGUAUUGAAUAUUUAUAAAUAUGUAUUGCGAGGUUGCGAGCGAGCUAAGGUUUUAGCAUACACUUGUCACUCUUAUUUCUCAUAUGAUACAAUAUUUAUAGCACCGGAUACCGUAUCGUGUAACCGCCAAUAAGACUGAUUCAAAAAUAAUGAAUUUCAUUCGGAUUAUAAUCUUGCGAAUUCUUGCCGACAAAUCGAAUAAAUAAAUUUAUUUUAUCGUCCCGAUUGACCGUGUAUAACGCUCCGCUCGUUUGUUCGUUCGAGACAAAAAAAGCCUACUUGU